GGUGGGCUCGAGGGGGCGGUGGUGGACUGUCAGCAAUUAUUUGAAAAUAUGCUGUCACGCAUGGAUGAAGUUAAGUAAUGAUUCAUCUCACUUGCUCAAACAUUAAAUUGCGCUUUAGGAAAACAGCGUCAGUAACGUUAUAACAAAACCGGAGCUCGACGGGUGACCUUUGGUUUUCGUCGCCGUGUCGGUCUGAGAGACCCGGGGAGGAGCAGUUAGACAGACGUUAGCAAGUUUAGCUUAGUAACUGUAGCCAUCAGGAAGAAGUGUCACCGCCUGCACCAGCUCUCUCUACAGGGACGCGGAGAGCCAGUCUGUGGUCAUGGCUGCUCUGGGGAACUCGGGGGCCUCUUCCAGUCCCAUGGUGAUCCUGGCGCCCAAGACUAAAACGAAAAAGAAACACUUUGUGCAGCAGAAGGUGAAGGUGUUUCGAGCUAGCGACCCCGUCCUGAGUGUCUUCAUGUGGGGCGUCAAUCACUCGAUCAACGAUCUGAACCAGGUGCCUGUUCCCGUCAUGCUGCUGCCUGAUGACUUUAAAGCCAACACCAAGAUCAAAGUCAACAACCACCUCUUCAACAAAGAAAAUCUUCCAGGACAUUUCAAGUUCAAAGAAUACUGUCCUCAGGUCUUCCGAAAUCUGAGGGAACGGUUUGGUAUUGAGGAUCUGGACUAUCAGGUUUCGUUGACCCGCAGCCCCCCAAUGAGGAGUGUAGAUGACCAGGGUGAGGGUCUUCUCCUCAACUCCUACGACCGUACGCUGGUCAUCAAGCAGAUCUCCAGCGAGGAUGUUGCAGAUAUGCACAACAUCCUGUCUGAGUAUCACCAGCACAUAGUGAAGUGUCACGGCAGCACCCUGCUGCCACAGUUCCUGGGUAUGUACCGGGUGAGCGUGGACAACGAGGAGACCUAUCUGAUCGUCAUGAGGAACAUGUUCAGCCACAGACUGGUGGUACACAGGAAGUACGACCUGAAGGGAUCUCUGGUGGCUCGUGAAGCAAGUGACAAAGAACGGGGAAAAGAGCUUCCGACCUUCAAGGACAUGGACUUCAGGAACAACAUGCAGAAGGUUUAUGUGACCGAGGAGCAGAAGGAGAAGUUCAUGGAGAAAGUCAACAGAGACGUGGAGUUUCUGGUGCGGCUGAAGAUCAUGGACUACAGCCUGCUGCUCGGCAUCCACGACGUGGGUCGGGCCGAACGGGAGGAGGAGGAGGGCGAGGAGGUCUCCAACGAAGAAGAACCGGAGGCGGAGAACGGCCUGGCACCGGGCGCUACGGCGGGCUCUUAUGGCACCUCUCCAGAGGGAAUCGCUGGCUACAUGUCCGCCUGCAAACCUCUGGGGCCCGGGGAGUUCGACCCCUACGUGGACGUGUACGCCGUCGGGAGCUGUGCAGGAGCCCCUCAGAGGGAGGUCUACUUCAUGGGCCUGAUUGACGUACUUACUCAGUACGACACGAAGAAGAAAGCCGCUCAUGCGGCAAAAACUGUCAAACACGGGGCCGGUGCUGAGAUCUCCACGGUCCACCCCGAACAGUACGCCAAACGAUUUCGCGACUUCAUCGCCAACAUUUUUGCGUAACGCUCGGCUCUGAACACUGCCAUUAGUUCAUCCAACCGAGAGCUCGAAGUCUAUUUUACCAUUGACCAAAAAUAGUUUGCGCACACAGAUCAUUAUUUAAACGUAGUGAUCUGAGGUGAGACUAUUUACGUUGUAGCAAUAUAAUGUACUACUUCUGAUGCAUCUAUUUAUUUUUAAGAUUUAAGGAGCAUUUCUUCUACAUGUUAAGCACUGUUAACAGAAUAACUCAGUAAAGUACAUGGAAACAAACUGCUGUUGAUCAGUGUUCAGAGUGUUAGAUCACAUCAGUGCAAGAUCAAAUAAUAUUUUUCACUUUUUUUUUCUGGCUCCCCAAACAUGAACUGAACUGAGGAGGAAGAGUUUGAAAUUUUGGGGCGCUUAUUUGCUUUCUUUCCAAAAGUCAGAUGGGAGGCAUCACUCUGUUAAAGGCGUGUGCGUCUGUUAAAGUCUCCGUUUUGUUCAGCUCUUGCACGCAAUGGUGUCACACUGUGCCACCGAUGAACAGGUGGUAACAUGCUGAGAUACGCAGCAAUACACCAACAAGAGCAGCGAAGAAGACCGCAUGCUAGUGAACAUGGAUGGUUCUCAAACUGGGGGACGAGCAGCUGUAACUCUAACUCCAUAGAGCCACUGCAGGGGGACGAGCACAGGAAAAUACAGACCAGAGUGUCCCGACGCUAUCAUACCUACCACAGCUUUAAAAUAGAAAGCUAUAGGUGUACCAGCAGAACGUUUAGCAUGCAUUCUGUCCAAAAGUAACACAAUCCACCUGCCAGCACCUCUGAAGACAGCAGUGUGUGGUUUGAGAGGUUUUGUGCACAACGCUUCAAUUUAGCAUUUUGCUUUUUGCAUGGAUUAAACAAAUGAGAUGUUAAUUAGUGAGCUUCAGAGGUUCUCGUGGGUGGAUUUUGUUACAUUUGGACAGAGUAAGGCCAGCUGUCUGCCCCUGCUUCAAGUCUUUAUGCUAAGAUAAGCUAACCAGCUACUGGUAGCAUUGUAUUAGACUCUCGGUAAGACGGCAAGUAAGCGUGUUUCCAAAAAUGUCAAACUUUUCCUUAAAUCUUAGAAUAAUGAAUAAUCUGUACUGGAGAUGGGUGUUUAAAAAUAAUGCCAGUAGACUCUGCACUUGAGAUAUUGUUUAUCUAUUGAAGCAGGCUAUUUGAAUGUUUAGAGUGCCAAAUGUGUGGGAUCAAAGCUUUAUCCUAGCAGGAUUUGCACUUUGCAUACAAUUAAGUCAACUCUGUUGUGACAGAGCAGUUAAACGAACCAGUUUGAAUGGAUCAAAUCCCGUUUUCCACCAAAGUCUCGAGUGGAUUACAAAGAAAAUGUGCAGAACAGCCUUUUCAAUUGCAGUGGUGAAUGUGUGGUAUUUAAAAAGAAAGCAUGUUGUGUUAUUUAGCCUGUAAACUGUUCUGGCAGCCCUGCGUGUCUCAGUUUCCACAGCCUGUAAAGAGAAUGUGGGGUGGCUGACCCUCACCCACAGCGCUGGGCUCACAUUCACGAAGGGACCUGUCCAACUUUCAGGAUCAGUCCUGCCUUUUUAAUGAAAGACCUCACGAGACGUAAUUCAACAUCAAAACAGUAAAAAUGAGCCCAUCCAUUAUUAUUCUGGACUUUCUCCUUUUUCAACAUGUAAUGUUUUGUGCAUUAAGAUGGCAAACGUGCGCUAUGUGAAUCAUUGUGAUAGGAUAAGAUAUAGAAAAAUAUCGCAAUAGAACUAGAAACUCUUGUCUGUGUAUUGUAAUGAUGUUUAAGAUUUAGGGUACUGUGUAAAACAUUGACAAUAACACUACAUUUCACUCCAGUAGCUAAUGCAGUUAGCCUUAACACAGUGGUAUGAUACAGCUUUCCAAGACACUGACAAGGCAGCGUAGAUACAGAACACUCUGUAUGAUGCCUCAUCUACUCAAUGAUUGCACAUGUUGUAUUUUUGCAAAUCAGCUUUUGGACCAAAAUAUAUUUUCCAGAGAACUUC